ACAGUACUAGAUUUGGCCGAUUUUAUACUGUAGUAUCAGAUUAACCAUUUUUGUCCUCAAUAAUAAACCAGCUGCAUAUUUAAGUGCAGAUGAGGAGGCGCUUUGGUGAGGUCGAUAGCGUGCCGCACCCUGAUUUAACUUAGGUAGCGGACCGAAAGUAGUCGGCCUCCAUUUUUGCCAUGGACAGUCUUAAUGCCGCCAGUUCUUCGUCCUUAACCAAUAUAAUCAAAAAUAUUUCGCGCUGGCCUCCGGAAGCAAGCGCAAACUAUACUAAGGCCAGCUGGACAGACACACCGGAUGCAGAGAAUUAUCGUUCCUUCUAUCGCACAACCCCGCCGCCGCUCUACACUGACAGCAAAAUUCGCGAAGUGUAUUUGGCUUGUCGGGCUGUGUACUUUUGCCUGUUGAUCCUGUGCACCGUGGGCAAUGGGCUGAAUCUGGUGGUCUUAAUCCGCAGUUUAUCUACGUGGAAGACAUCAGCGUGUCAUUACAUGAUCGGCACAGCCGCGGCUGAUUUGCUGGCAUUAUGGUGCGGCUCGAUUUCGUUUUGGUCGGACCAUUCGCUGGACUUUAAGGCAGGAAUGACGAUAGGAGCGGAUAUCUUUUUGAGGUGGUUUACGAAUGCCUCGAUGAAUUUGUCCGAUUGGAUCUUAAUUGUUUUCUCGUGGGAAAGGCUGCUCGUUAUUGUGAGUCCUUUUCGGUUCAGAUUUCUGCAGCUGGUUUCAGUGGCGCGCAUUGUAAUCGUCGUUUUGGCCGUUUUAUCACUGGGGAUGUACACGCAUGAUCUUUCACCAAUCUGCUGCUUAAACUUGACUGAUGACGCCACGCACCUAACUGCCAAAUUUUAUUGGCAGCAUGUGGACUACACUUGGACCGUCGUUACUGAAAUAAGCUUGGUUGCGGUGCGCAUCCUGACUUUCUCAUUAAUCCUUAUUUCCACUAUAGCCCUGAUUGUCUUUCUGGCAUACCACCACCGGUCCAAAUUUGGCCAGAUGCGCCACUUGCAGAAAGCUGCAGCUGCUACGGCCUCUGGCAACAAAUCAGUAUCUCAGCACGGGAUCAAUAUCAUUCUGCUGAGCAGUGCAAUGCUCUAUCUGAUCACGCGGACCCCAAAGUUCUUCGACAUGGUGGCAAUGGUGGCACCGCAUUACCAGGGCAAGGGAAUAUCCUAUGUCGAAGAUAUAAGCGUGUAUGGUCUGGCGCAGCCCAUCAUCGGUGUGGUGACAUACAUGGGUUAUUCGUUAAAUUUCUACGUUUAUUUGCUGACCGAGCGUCAAUAUCGACGUCGUUUCAUUGAGCUAGUGGCUCGUCCGUUACUCCGUCCCUGGCUGCCCACAGUAUUCGCUAACAACAGUAGUGGGCAAACUGAAAGUGUGGAGUUAAGCGCUCGGACUUCCACGCAGACCCUAACACAACCAUGACAGUGUCCUUCUUCUUAUCGUUUCGUUUUUAAUUCAAUUAACUCAUUGCUAAAUGCAUAAAACAAAAAGCCGCUUUAUGUUGCUCAUAUCUGUAACUUCAUUCAGCUUUUGUGUAAGUCUCUAAGGGAAAAGAGAGUAGCACAGACGAUAUAUGGAGAGCUUUUGGAUCUGUUGAACGGUGUCUUAUUUUAAGUUAUCUAAGUUUAAUGCGCGCAUUUCGUUAUUGAAAUCCUAUCUGUGCACUGUACUAACCAGUUGAAGUAUUGCG